AUGCAGGCCGCAGGAGCAAAGCUGGAGGCAGCGGCGGAGCGGAGAAAGUGGGGCCGAGUUGAUUUAACCGGCGAGCGGCGCGCGCCGCCGACACUCAGCUGCAGCAUGCGGCCCGCGCUCCUACUCCUGGUCGUCGCAGCCGCCACCGCCGCCACCAUCCAGAAGCGCGGCGUGCUGGUGGGCGCGCCCGCGCAGGUGGUGCCGGUGGCUGGGUACGUGCUGAAGCAGCGCUCGAGCGAGCGCGAGCAGCAGCAGGACUUCAGCAAGAUCCCCGGCGUGCCCGGCGUCGACUACCCCAUCUACCACUCGGUGCCACCCACCAGCUUCCACUGCGGCAACGUGCCCUUCGCGCCGGGCAUGUACGCCAACGUCGAGACCGGCUGCCAGGCGUACCACGUGUGCCACGACGGACGUGAAGGGGAGCAGGGGGCGGCGUUCCUCUGCACCAACGGCACGCUCUUCAACCAGAAGGAGUUCGCCUGUGACUGGUGGUACAACGUCGACUGCGCCUCCGCUCCUUCCUUCUACAGCCUGAACCUGGAUCCGCUGAAGAACCCAUACGUUCCAAAGCCUAAGGUGGAAGAAGUUCCAAUUGUUGCAGCCGCACCAGCACCACAUUUCAAGAUAGUGGUGCGCAAGUAGAAGAGUCACCAUGGACAUCAUACUUCUCUCACAGCCAUUUCAUUAUUAGUUUCACAUACAUAUUUCAUUCAGUAUUACUUUGAUAAAUGUACACUGCAAAUGGAUGAAAGUUUGACCAAAUGUAAUUAAAAUGGAACUAGCAGUCUACAGAACUUCAUCUGAAUCCUUUCCAUAAUUUGAGCAGUGUCAUCCAUGAGAAACUUAAUUUAUGAAGAAUACUGUUAAACACAUGUAGCUGUAUUAGUAUUAAUAGGACAAUACAUCCACUUUUUAACACCAAAAUAUGGAAACAUUUCCUAGCUAGCAUUUAGUGCUGACAAUAAUAACUGUUAAAACUGUUAUACACUUCAUGUAAAAAGCUAAUUUGAUGUAGCUUGUAAAGUGUGCAAGAGUUUCCAUAAUAUUAUGAUAUAUGAAGAAAGUUAUUGAAAUAACUUAAACAGCAGAGCAUAUUCAGAUACUUACACAUUAAUGUCUCCUGCAAAGCAUCAUGCAAUUUUUCCAAAUUCUGUUCUUCUAAAGUGUCUACAAAUUCUUUCGUUUCAGUGCUUGUUGUACAUGCAGCUGUCGGGUUGUGCAAUAUUAGGUUAUAGGAAAAAAAUCUGAAAAUAGGAUAAAUGACAUUAAGCACUUAGUCAAUGUAAAACAGCCUCGAAGAAUUAUUACAUACUUGUACAUAUAUCUUCUUUCAAGUAUAUAUACCAUUUUUGUAAUUUAUUAACUAGUUUGAGGAGAAACUGAAACAUUUAAUUAUAUUAUCCGUUGUCCAGUAGCUGUCUCAUGAAAGUAGGGAUAUUGAAUGAGAAUAAUUACUGAUUUGAAGAACUAACAAUCAUACUAAUGCAAGUACUUCCUUGCUCAGAAGUCAUCAUCUUGUAAUUUUAGAUGUAUUACUUGCAGUUUAGUAAACAUGUAUGCUUAUAAUAUGUACUUAAAGCUACUAUAAUGUGUGCUUUCUCCUCCUCAGAUUAGCUUCACUCUGUAAAUAACAUUCAUUUCAUUUAAUAACUAUCAAAUACACAAGAACAGAAGUUCAUGUGAUACAAGGAGUAUAAGAGUUACUGGAUGACAUAUUGGAUUUUCUGCAAACUACAGAUUUUAAUUUGUGCUCACAUACAAUUAUUAACUAAUUGAUGUCUAUUUUGAAAAUAUUUCUGUCUUUGUUAUUUAGUUACUAAAAGUACUAACAAUCCCAUAGAGUCAGGAUUUAUAUGAAUGUUACACUAUUUCACUUUACUUUACAGGUAAAUAUAUCUCCAUGUCUACAUACCCACAAAAACAAUAGUUGUUAUUUAUUGAUUUGUACUAGAGACAAGAGUAAAGCUCAGUAGCUAAUCCACGAGUGUCAAAGAAUAGUAAUAUCAGUUCCAUUGUUUCCUUUCUGUAAUUAUACAGAGUAAUGAUGUACCAUAAUGAAUUUGUAUAUAUACCAUUUUUAUCCUAUGAAAUAACAAUAAUUGAAUACUAAGUACCUAGUGCUAUUAAUUGCAUAUAAUCCUCUACAUUAACAUGAGUGCUUUUUGCUUCAGUCACAUUGCUGCAACUGAUACUAAAUCAUUUUGCCUGCAUUAUGAAAGUAUGAACAACAUGCACAAAUACUGUUAAAACAAUGGACUCAUUUGUUUUGGGUGUAAAUUUUUUGUACUGCAUGCUCUAACAUUUAAUUUUCUAAUUUGAUACAACAUAGAAAUAUUUUUUCAUGAUUGUAUAACUAUUUAGAUUGUGAUUUCUACUUACACUUAUAAACUACAAUGAUGUCAUUCAAACAGUGGCACACAUAAGGCAAACUAGUGGUGAAACUGUGACUACUUGA